AUGAGGUUGCCUAAACUUUCUUUGGAUGUUUGUGAAAAUGCUGAUUGCCAAACACAUUGCUCUUAUUCUGUCCACGGGGGAGUAAAAGUUUUCGCGCGUUCUUGCUGCCAUGAAGAAUAUGGUGAGCAACUAUGCAGAGUUGAUUGGCUACUCCUUCAAAAAAUAUUUUUUCUUCUCUCAAUUGUUUGCAUUCUUUUUUGUUUUUUUAUGAUUAUUCCUCUACUUGGCUGGCCAGAACAUAUUCCUUGGAGUUGUUGGAUUGCUGAUUUUGGCAGGCAACUUGGUUUUACUUUAUUUUAUGGCUCUGUGAUUCUUAAAAUUUAUAGAAAUUUACAAGAAUAUCGAGUACGUAAAGCUCAACACGUUAUUGUUAGAGAACUUGAUUUAAUUUUAUAUUUACUUUUUGCUAUUUUAAUUGUGCUUUAUGGAAUUCUUGCUUGGUCUUCAGGUUCUUGGACCCGCUCAGAUUUAUGGUCGUCCCAAUGGCCCCAAUGCCCUGUGGAAGAAUUUAGAAUGUUUUUUUCUCUUUGUGAACAAUUGGUUUUGUUUUAUGGAAUUAGAUUACCGUAUUUCCUAAAAUAG